CGCUUCACAAUGAGCGUGAAUAAAUAGGCUGUCACUCACUCUCCACGCUCCCGCAAAGCUUCUCACAAAAAAUCGAAUCAAUUCUCGCUCCUUCAAUCUCUCUCUCAAAAAUCGCAGAAAAUCAAAAUCAAUGGCGUCACGGGACAAGAAAUCGGCGAAGCCCUCAACCAGUAGAGCCGGCGGCAUUCGCACCCUCUCCGAUCUGAACCGACCCUCCGCCGACUCCGAUAGCGACUCCGAUGGCCCUCAAGAGUACUAUACCGGUGGCGAGAAGAGUGGAAUGCUCGUCCAAGAUCCUAAUAAGGCCAAUGAUGUGGAUGCAAUCUUUAAUCAAGCUAGGCAACUGGGAGCAGUCGAAGGGCCUGUUGAACAACUCGGUCCCGCUUCAAGUUCAAGAAGCUUUGCAGGAACUGGUAGAUUACUUUCAGGGGAAACUGUUCAAGCUGCUCCUCAGCAGCCCGAGAGCGUUGUUCACAACAUCGUGUUCUGGAGUAAUGGUUUCACUGUGAAUGAUGGCCCUUUGAGGAGCUUGGAUGAUCCUGAAAAUGCAUCUUUCUUAGAGAGCAUCAGAAAGUCUGAGUGCCCAAAAGAGCUUGAACCUGCAGAUAGGAGGGCUUCAGUUCAUGUCAAUCUGAUAAGGAGAAAUGAGAAGUGCCCUGAACCAGAGAAGCGCCAUGUUCCAUUUCAGGGUGUGGGAAGAACUCUAGGUAGCAGCUCCACUCCAGCAGCAACUGAGCCAACUGUUGCUUCCAUUCCUCUCAACACUGCUCCAACACCUUCCAUGGGCCUGGUUGUGGAUCAAACACUGCCAGCAACCUCUGUUCAGCUUAGAUUGGCUGACGGGACUCGAAUGGUUGCACACUUUAAUUACCACCACACGAUCAAUGACAUUCGCUCCUUCAUUGAUGCAUCAAGGCCUGGAAGUGCAAGGAACUAUCAACUUCAGAUGAUGGGAUUUCCUCCAAAGGUUCUUAGUGAUCAAGCUCAGACAAUUGAGCAGGCAGGUCUUGCCAAUUCAGUUGUUAUCCAGAAAUUUUAGCUUGCUGCACCGGCCAAUGUCUUUACUCUGGUCAUACAUAAUAGCGACUGUACUGAAGAAGCGAACUGGUCCUAUCUACCUAAGACCCCGAAUGUGUUUUCAAAGUGGAUAAAUUAUGUGAAAUACUCUUGAAAAGGCUGUGUUCUUGACAUUUUGUUUACAAUUAAAAUCAAAUUGUUAUUAUUGUUGCAUGAA